GUGCGCACCGCCUAGGGCCCGCCUCCGUGAAAGACUGCCGGGCGCAUGCGGCCGGGUCGCUUCACUGGCUGCCUGGGCCGUACCGCACGCAUCGCCCGCUUCUGGCUCCUAGGCUGACUGAAGGUUUGAAGCCGGCCUCAGGUCAAAAAGUAAAAUGAAGUACAUUCUAGUUACUGGUGGUGUUAUAUCAGGAAUUGGAAAAGGAAUCAUCGCCAGCAGUGUGGGUACAAUACUGAAGUCGUGUGGUUUACAUGUAACUUCAAUUAAAAUUGAUCCAUACAUUAACAUUGAUGCCGGAACAUUCUCUCCUUAUGAACAUGGUGAGGUUUUUGUGCUGGAUGAUGGUGGGGAAGUAGACCUUGACCUGGGUAACUAUGAGCGUUUCCUUGACAUCCGCCUUACCAAGGACAAUAAUCUGACCACCGGAAAGAUAUACCAGUAUGUCAUUAAUAAGGAACGCAAAGGCGAUUACUUGGGGAAAACUGUCCAAGUUGUCCCUCACAUCACAGAUGCAAUUCAGGAGUGGGUGAUGAGACAGGCAUUAAUACCUGUGGAUGAAGAUGGCUUAGAACCUCAAGUGUGUGUUAUUGAGCUCGGUGGAACAGUGGGAGAUAUAGAGAGCAUGCCCUUUAUUGAGGCCUUCCGUCAGUUCCAAUUCAAAGUCAAAAGAGAAAACUUUUGUAAUAUUCACGUCAGUUUAGUUCCUCAGCCAAGUUCAACUGGGGAACAGAAGACUAAACCCACUCAGAAUAGUGUUCGGGAACUCAGAGGCCUUGGGCUUUCCCCGGAUCUGGUUGUGUGCAGGUGCUCAAAUCCUCUCGACACAUCAGUGAAAGAGAAAAUAUCAAUGUUCUGCCACGUUGAACCUGAACAGGUGAUCUGUGUCCAUGAUGUCUCGUCCAUCUACCGAGUCCCCUUGUUAUUAGAGGAGCAGGGGGUUGUAGAUUAUUUUCUUCGAAGACUUGACCUUCCUAUUGAGAGGCAGCCACGAAGAAUGCUGAUGAAGUGGAAAGAGAUGGCUGACAGAUAUGAUCGCUUGCUGGAGACUUGCUCUAUUGCCCUUGUGGGCAAGUACACCAAGUUCUCAGACUCGUAUGCCUCUGUCAUUAAAGCUCUGGAGCAUUCUGCACUGGCCAUCAACCACAAACUGGAAAUCAAGUACAUCGAUUCUACGGACUUGGAGCCGAGCACCUUACAGGAGGAGCCCGUGCGCUACCACGAAGCCUGGCAGAAGCUCUGCAGCGCCCAUGGAGUGCUGGUUCCAGGGGGAUUUGGCGUUCGAGGCACGGAAGGAAAAAUCCAAGCAAUCGCCUGGGCUCGGAAACAGAAGAAGCCUUUUUUGGGUGUGUGUUUAGGAAUGCAGUUGGCAGUGGUUGAAUUUUCAAGAAAUGUGCUGGGAUGGCAAGAUGCCAAUUCUACAGAGUUUGACCCCAAUACCAGUCAUCCUGUGGUCAUAGACAUGCCAGAACACAAUCCUGGGCAGAUGGGCGGGACCAUGAGGCUGGGCAAGAGGAGAACGCUGUUCCAGACCAAGAACUCCGUCAUGAGGAAACUCUAUGGAGAUCCAGAUUACUUGGAAGAGAGGCACCGCCACAGAUUUGAGGUGAAUCCAGUCUUGAAAAAGUGUUUGGAAGAGCAAGGCUUGAAGUUUGUUGGCCAAGAUGUUGGAGGAGAGAGAAUGGAAAUUGUGGAGUUAGAAGAUCAUCCCUUUUUUGUUGGAGUUCAGUACCACCCCGAGUUCUUGUCCAGACCUAUCAAGCCUUCCCCACCCUACUUUGGCCUCCUCCUAGCAUCCGUGGGGAGGCUCCCGCAUUACCUCCAGAAAGGCUGCAGGCUCUCGCCCAGGGACACCUACAGUGACCGAAGCGGAAGCAGCUCCCCUGACUCUGAAAUCACUGAAUUGAAGUUUCCAUCAAUAAAUCAUGACUGAUGGUAACCAGGGUGAUUCUUCAAGAGAGCCUUCAGACUUUGAGAGUUUACAGCUUUGAUUUUACACUCGGCUUUUUCGACACUUCCUUUAAAUUAUGUUUUUAUUAAGACUAUUUUAUUAUGGGGGAAAGGUAUUUGGAAGACUGUGUAACUUGCAUGUCCCAUCAUGUGUAUCGGCUCCUAUGUGGUGUGCUGCCUGGUGUUGACACUCUCUUUUUCAGUCCCCCAGCCUCAGACAAGAAACAGGACAUCUGGGCAGGAGCAGGUGACAGACGGGUCUAGUGGAGUGCCCGUCAGUCACCUCAUUUCUCCAUCCACCUCGAGUCAGUGUGGAUUCGAGAGUGUAGCCUGUUGCUUCCCCAGGGAGGCCUAGACCAUAUAAAGAGUGUGCCAUGUGUACUUACUGAGCAUGGAGGGGUAAUUUUAGCUAAUGCUUACAACACUCGGUGCUGGUAACCUGAGGGCACUGCUUGCUGCCAAGAGCAGUGAAACUAGAAACAAAGCCUCAGCACUGCCCCACACCGUGGGGGUGGCUGGGACUCGUUGUUCAGAGGGAUGGUCAAUUUGGUGUCACAUGAAACAGCAAGAAGUCUUUGUGUCUCUGAAGUAUGAUUUUACAAUCCCUGUCCUCUGGCCGAGCUUCUCUCCUGGGGCUGGGAAACACUCCUUGCAUCAAGGGGUCACUUAAAAAAGAACAGAGAAUCUUUUGGGGAGACUGCCUCUGAAACCCUCUCACAUGCAGACAGCUUUGCUCGAGGGGACUUUUCCUUCCAAGAUGUUACUGCAGUUGAAAUGCAAAAUGAAAGUCUAUUUUCUUUACGUGAUGUGAUAGGCACAGCUGUGUGCCCAUUAUAUUCUGCUUGGACUUCGUGUAUACUCUAACUUAAGAAAUAAAUAAUACAGAACAAGAGA